CUAGUAAGCUGUUAGGCAACCAACGUCGUGCUUUUAGGUUAAAAAAUAUGUAACCUUAUCACUGUAUAUUUAUCCUUGUUUGUAUCAUUGGUAAUGAAAAUUUAUAAUUUCUUAUUUCAUUUUAAGUAAAAAAAAAAAAAAUACUCCGAAUGUAUUUUAAAAAAAUUAAUAGUUUUUUCAAGGUUACUAAUUUAUCAACAAAUUAUAUUUAUAAUUACAACCAUAAUAGUUAUUUCUUAAAAUCAUUAAUAUUCAGGAGAGCUCAUUUUAUUAAAAUGGCUGAAAAAGAUUUGAAUAGAUCUUUUCAAAAAUUGAAACAGUUGAAACGAAUGAAAAAUGAAAAAUAUAGUCCAGCAAAUGUUUACCUCCAGAUACUAGGAAGUGGAGCACCUGGUGCACCGCACUGUCUCUAUGUUUCAUCAGAUCAUAGAACGUAUAUGUUCAAUUGUGGUGAAGGUACUCAGAGAUUAGCGCAUGAACAUCAUUUAAAAUUAUCAAAAUUAAAUCACAUUUUUUUCACGACACCAACGUGGAAAAAUAUAGGAGGGUUACCUGGUUUAUCAUUGACUAUUCAAGACUCUGGUGUACCUGACCUAAAUCUUCAUGGACCUAAAGGUAUAUUCGGUAUUUAUGACGCCGUUAAACGAUUUGUUAUGCUUACUGACUUGAAUGUUACCGAAGUCAGUUGUGAAGAAAGUGAUACUUUUCAAGACACAUGUAUGAGUGUUCGUUACGUUCAUUUAGAAAAAUCAAACCCGGAAGAAGAUUCUGAUAGUGAUAAGUUAUUAGAUUUAGAUAGUUAUGAUGAUGAUGACACAGACUAUUACGCACAUGAAUUCAAUAAAAAUGGAAAACGUAAUUCUAAACUUCAAAAUAGAAAUCAACCAAAUUACAAAGUUCCAAAACAAAAUAAAAAACUUUUUAAAAGAGUUACUGGCUGCAUUAGUUAUAUUUGUAAAUUAACAGAAGUAUCGGGAAAAUUAGAUUUUGCAAAGUGUGUUGACUUUGGUAUUCCACCCGGUCCUCUUUUGGGCCAAUUAAAGUCUGGUCAAGAUGUUACAUUAGAUAAUGGAACUGUUGUAAAAAGUUCUGACGUAUGUCAUCCUGCAUCAUCGGGACCUACUUUUAUAGUUCUCGAAUGUCCUGACGAAGAUUAUUUAGACUCAUUAGUUGACAAUAAAGUUUUUAACGAGUAUCAAAACAACGCUGAUAAAAAUAAUAUUCCUCAAUAUAUUGUUCAUUUUACACCGGAAAAUGUUUUAAGGAAUUCACGUUAUGUUGAUUGGAUGUGUAAAUUUUCAUCAGAAACUCAGCAUAUUAUUAUUAAUGAGACUAAUAAUUGCUUGAAUCAUGAAGCCAUACAUCGAAUACAGCAUAAAUUACAUUUGUUACAUCCUGAAAUAUUUCCAAUGCUACAUGAGAAAGAUGAUAGUAAAUUAGAAACCCCAUUCGGCGAAAUAAAUGAACAAUUUAAGGCUUUGAAAAUUUAUCGCGCGAAAACUUGUAAUGUUUUUCACUUAAGACCAUUAGACGGUUUCGACAAUAUAGAAAUUAAUUUAAAUCGAGAAGCAGAUGUUAAAGAAGUUCUGAAUGUUGAUGGCUUUCUCGAUGUUCUAGCAGAACUUCAAACAGAAAUAAAUGCACGUAGUAGAUAUCUUAAUGAUAUGCCAAAGUAUCCAAAAAUUGUUAUGCUGGGUACUGGCUCGUGUAUUCCCAAUAAAAUAAGAAAUACUAGUGGAAUUUUAUUGAGAAUUGAUGAGGACACAAGUAUUUUAAUGGAUUGUGGUGAAGACACUUUUGGACAAAUAGCAAGAUUUUUUGGAAAGGAUUGUGAAAAAAUUCUUAAAAGUAUAAAGGCUAUUUAUAUAUCACAUUUGCACGCAGACCACCAUCUUGGACUGCUUGGAAUUAUUCAAAAACGAAAAGUUGUAACUGAUGAACCCAUUUUUCUUCUCGCGCCAAAACAAAUUGAGUCGUGGAUACGACUUUAUCAUAAAAAAUUUGAACGUUUUGAAGACACAAUAAUUUUUGUACCAAAUCAAGGUCUUUUAUUAAAUUUGGAGAGGCCUUCACUUGAAGCUAUUGAAGAAUUAAAUAGAAAACUUAAAUUAAAAUGUAUUAAUACUGUUGGCGUAUUACAUUGUUUACAUUCAUUUGGAAUUGCUUUGACUCUUGAAAAUGGAAAAAAAAUAGUUUACAGCGGUGAUACAAAACCUUGUCUUGGGUUAGUGACUCUUGGUGAAAAUUGUGACUUAUUAAUUCAUGAGGCAACCAUGGAAGAUGGACUUGAAUGGGAAGCUACUAAAAAAAUGCAUUCAACAAUAUCACAAGCAAUAAGUAUUGGUGAACAAAUGAAUGCUAAAUUUACACUUCUAACACACUUUAGUCAACGUUACUCCAAAAUGCCAAGAUUACCAGAAAAUAGUGAACAAUUUAAUGCCAAUAAUAUUGGUAUUGCUUUUGAUAAUAUGCAGUUCAGUCUUUCUCAACUUUCAUUACUGCCAUUAUUUUAUCCAGCAUUACGAUUAAUGUUUAGUGAAUUUUGUAAUCUACUUGAAUUAAAAGCACAUAGAAGAAAAUUAAAAGAAGACGAAAAGCGGGCUACAGAAGAAAUGAAAGCAAACUAGAAUGAUAACAUUCAGUGUAAGAAAAACUUUUAAAAAAAUGUUUUUUUUUUUUUUUUUUUUUUUUGAAGAAUAAUUUUUGUUUUAUGUUUGUAUACAAUUAUUCAUAUGUAAGAAUUUAUUAAUUUUUUUUUCUGAUAUAAAUUGUAAAAUAAAUCUCAUAAAAUUUUAAUAAACAUAAAAUGUGCAGUAACUUAAAAAAAAAUAAUAAUGAAUUAAAUCGAAUGUAAUAAUCCCUUACCAUUAAAUAGUAACUUAAAAAUAAAAAAUACACAUAAAGUAAAAUAUUAUAUUAUAUUAAUAAAUAUGAUAGUGAAUAUUUAUAACUCUUACGUACAAUUGAGUUUUUGUGCUGAUUACUUUUUUAUAAUUAAUACAAAAAACAAAUAAACAAUAUUAUUAAUAACUUAUGCGUUAAUAAGUAUAUUGAUUUAUAAAAUAUUUUUAUAUUGGCGUUAAGAGACAGCAAUAGCGGUAGUGUAUGACGUUACACAAUUUUUUUUUUUAAUCAGUUUUAAUAUAUUUACACAGAAAGUAAAUGUUCCUUAUUGAUGUAUAAAAAACAGUAUCUAGACAAUAUGAAAAUCUUACUUAAAAUUAAAGAAAUAUUUUAUUAAAUAAAUAUUUAAUUAUUGUUUUAUUGUUUAAUUGUCUACAAAAAUCCUCUUUUUUUAUAGAAAAAAAUUAUCAAAAAAUUUAGUGCUAAGCAUAUGCCGAUAAAAAAUAUCUUUUUUGUCAGUCUAAUUUUUUUCUUGUUUUUAUUGUAUAAAAAACAUUAUUAUUUGGUAUAAAAGUAGACAAAGUGUUAUAAAACGAGAACGAUCAAUACGCCGAAAUUGGAAUGAAUUUGGUGAUAUUGAGUGUCUUGAUAACAU